GGUGAGAUCCGGGACCUGCCCAGCUCUGCAGGCUCGGCCUGUGGCCGCUGCCGGGCACUGGGCUCCCGGCGCUGCAAGGCGGAGAGGCCCGAGUCUGGCGCCGCCCGCGCAGCCUUGUCGCGGCGGCGGGCGCUGCAGCACGACAGGGGGCGGGGCCGGCUGCAGGGGAGGCCAGGGUGGCUGGGGAGGCUCCCGGCUGGGCCGAGUGACACAGGCUGGGGCUCCGGCAGCGGCGACAGGGGCCGGGCCGCCGCGUGACCUGCUGCAGUCACGCUGUGCUUAAUCACAAUUAGCUUUUGCUCCAGGCUGGCCGUGCGCACCAUUCUCCCAGCCGGUGACCCCGGGGAUUUCUUUUAUGGUGGCUUUCUCUGAAAUGCCAAAGCCACCCGAUUAUUCAGAGCUGAGUGACUCUUUAACGCUUGCCGUGGGAACAGGAAGAUUUUCGGGACCACUGCACAGAGCAUGGAGAAUGAUGAACUUCCGUCAGCGUAUGGGAUGGAUUGGAGUGGGAUUGUAUCUGUUAGCAAGUGCAGCAGCAUUUUACUAUGUUUUUGAAAUCAACGAGACUUACAAUAGGCUGGCCUUGGAACACAUUCAGCAGCACCCAGAGGAGCCCCUUGAAGGAACCACAUGGACACACUCCUUGAAAGCUCGGUUACUCUCCCUGCCUUUCUGGUUUUGGACAGUUAUUUUUCUGAUACCUUACUUGCAGAUGUUUUUGUUCCUUUAUUCUUGUACAAGAGCUGACCCCAAAACGAUGGGCUACUGUAUUAUUCCCAUAUGCUUGGCAGUUAUAUGCAAUCGCCACCAGGCAUUUGUCAAGGCUUCUAAUCAGAUCAGCAGACUACAACUGAUUGACACAUAAAAUCGGUCACUAUUUUUUCCUUACAAGUACAAAACUGCCAGUACUGUAUGAAGCCUGAUCACAAGACUGCAGUUUCUUCACAGAUCUCAGGAAGCUGUGGUGGGGCAGAGGCUUUUUAAAGAAUGUGACUAGGGGACUAUCUUUAUCUGAAUAUUGAAUUUUUAGGUAAAGCCUGUGAUACAGUACUACAAAAUCAUGUUGAUGACUUCAGAUUUUGGAAGUAAAAUUUUAUCUGUUAUUUGAAUUCUUUAGAAACUUGAAUAAGUACCUGGAUUCAUAUUUUUAUUCUACUGUGCAACAUAGUGAUGAUUCAGAAAUUUUUCCUUUGGGGAAAAAAUGAACAUUUCCAUUGUGUUUAAUGUAAAAAGGUCCAAACAUGGUCAUAAAAUUUAAAUUUUAUACAAUUACUUGGCUUGCUUUAAAAUUCUUCAGACUAAAACACCAAUUCAUCCUGUUGUAGCUAAGCCAGCUAUUUAUGCUUGCUUGCUACCAGCUUGUGAGAAAUUGGUAUAAAAUUAUUGAGGUGAUGGCUGUCUUGAGAAGCAAAAUGUGUUCUUCGUUUUGGUAAUGCUACUGGCAUUAUUAAUUAGCUAGAAUUAUUCAUGCAACUUUUUUUUUUUUAAACUACUUGGGAAGAGACUAAGUGUUUGAAAGUUGAGAAAUCUAACACAUAGAAGAUAAAAACAAGGUGUUCAGUGAAAAUACUUAAGGCAGUCCCUGUCAGAUGUGUGACAUCUAAAAGAUGCUCUCAAGUCAUCGUCCUGAUUUUCUUUUCUGCCUAGGGUCCAGUCUUCAGACGUUAGGUUAAUUGCAUGAAGAUGUGAUCCCUGUACUGCGUCCUUUGCAUCUGUACUUACUACCUCAUGUCUGGUAACAAUACAAGUAACUAAAACAUGGAAAAUUAGAAAUUAGGAUUAUUUUUCUUCUUUUCUGGGUGAGAUCAAGAUAUAUUUUUAUACAGUUAAUGUCAUCAAUACCAGGGAAAUGUUUACACUGACCGAUCUGAAUAAGAAUCGUAACAUUUUUUGGUGCUUACUCCGUUGGGCCCUGUCCUAAGAGCUUUACAUGAAUUAACUCAUUUAGUCCUCCCAACAAUCCUGUGAGAUAACAGCUAUUAUUAUCCAGAUUUUACAGAUAAGGACCGUGAGGUGGAGAAGUUAAGUAACUUGCCAAAGGUUAUACAGCCAAGAAGCAGAGGCAGAGUUCUAACCUGGCAUCUGAUGCCUUUAUUCCUAAUCACUGAACUGUAGUGCUUCUCACAAAUGACAAAUGUUUCAGCACUGGGUACUGUCUGCCUAACCAUGCUAAAGAUUGGAAAAGAACUGA